AUGCCAACCAACGUGUCUCUUCUGGCCACUCCUGAGAAUUCCACUGUGUGGAAUCCCUUUACUGGACCUUUGAAGACCAUAGAAGCCUGGAACUUCCAUCUAUUGGCCGCCCUCAUGUUUGUGGUAACGUCGCUCUCCAUCGCUGAAAACUUUAUUGUUAUUCUUGUUACGGCCAAAUUCAAGCAGCUGAGGCAGCCUUUGAACUAUAUCAUUGUCAACCUGUCCGUGGCGGACUUUCUGGUGUCCGUGAUUGGUGGUACCAUUAGCAUUGCGACCAAUAGCAGAGGCUAUUUCUACCUGGGUUCCUGGGCUUGCGUCCUGGAAGGCUUCGCUGUUACUUUUUUUGGGAUUGUGGCUCUGUGGUCUCUGUCAGUCUUGGCUUUCGAGAGAUACAUAGUAAUCUGUAGACCUUUGGGCAAUCUGCGCCUUCAGGGCAAACAUUCAGCUCUGGCCAUUAUCUUCGUGUGGGUCUUCUCUUUUGUGUGGACCAUCCCCCCGACCAUGGGCUGGAGCAGCUAUACCACAAGUAAGAUUGGCACCACCUGUGAACCCAACUGGUACUCGGGAGAGAUGAGGGAUCAUACCUACAUCAUCACGUUCCUUACAACCUGCUUCGUAUUUCCUUUACUGGUCAUUUUUAUGUCUUAUGGAAAGUUGAUGCGGAAGCUAAGAAAGGUGUCCGAUACACAAGGGCGGUUGGGCUCUACUAGAAAACCAGAGAAGGAGGUCACUCGAAUGGUUGUCAUAAUGAUCCUGGCGUUUCUUAUCUGCUGGACUCCAUAUGCAGCCUUUUCUAUCCUUAUCACCGCACACCCGACUAUUGAUCUGGAUCCACGUUUAGCUGCAAUUCCUGCUUUCUUUGCAAAAACAGCAUCAAUGUACAAUCCUAUUAUUUAUGUCUACAUGAACAAGCAGUUUAGGAGGUGUUUAUACCAGAUGUUCAACAUCAACGACCCAGAAGCCAAAGAGUCCAAUUUAAACCCAACUUCAGAAAGGGGUGUGCUAACACGUAACAAUAAUGGAGGUGAAAUGCUGGCCAUUGCCACACACAUAACUAGUUCUGCUGUAACCAAUCGGGAAGAAGAAAAAAGCAGCAGCAAUUCCUUUGCGCACAUACCGGUGUCAGACAAUAAAGUCUGCCCAAUGUAA